AAUCUACAGUCAGGAGCACCCGGUGGGGCACAACUGCUCACUCAAAGUCAGACCGUACAUCAGUCUCUUCCAUUGACUCCCAGCCGGCGAAUAUUCCAUUGCAUCACGCCCAUUUUGUCACGAGUACUAGUACAGCAAUUGCCACUGACUUGCCACUGACUUGCCACUGACUUGCCACAAAUAACUCAUCAAUUUUUUCCCACAGCAGAAAAAAAAAUAAGUUGAAGGGCCAGUUGGGACAAUACUCUCCAGACUUUAUCUUCUGCUUACACGAGGGAGUUUGAAAUAAAGUGGUACCAGAAGACAGGACCAAGUGGUUGAUAUUAUUUAACGUCAAAGUGUCAUGAGAGGCGGUUUCACGAUCCGCCCUUAUUACUCCAUCCUAGAGUCAUGCAUGCCGCGCCUUUUAAACGAGCAACUGGCAGGGAUGAGAGAGAGCCAGGAGAUGGUGAAAUUGCUGGUACAAGUGAUGGGCCAAAGAAUUGGCGUAACCGUUGGAAAUUCCGUCGAAGUGACUCGUACGAGACAAAUGGAUUGGGUUCACCUGUGGUGCACGACCAAACGGGAAACGAAGGGUGCGGAGGGCUGGAGGGGAAGGACCCAGAGACGAACGACACUGUUCACCUCAAGAGACGGGUGGGACUCGUCAGUGGGGUGGCUUUAAUCGUCGGUACGAUGAUUGGAUCAGGGAUAUUUGUCUCACCAUCAGGACUUCUAGUCCGAACUGGUAGCAUUGGAGUUAGUUUCAUCGUGUGGACAGCCUGCGGUGUUCUCAGUCUUUUUGGUGCACUUGCAUACGCUGAGCUUGGAACAAUGAAUACCAGCAGUGGUGCUGAAUACGCCUACUUCAUGGAUGCAUUUGGUGCACCACCAGCUUUCCUCUUCUCCUGGACAUCGACACUAGUUUUAAAACCCUCGCAGAUGGCCAUCAUUUGCCUAUCAUUCGCGCAAUACGCGGUCGAGGCUUUUGCCGUUGACUGCGAACCACCUGAGCAUCUUGUCAAGGUCGUUGCACUUCUUGCAAUUGUUCUCAUACUUCUUGUCAACUGCUACAGCGUUAAUCUAGCGACUGGUGUGCAGAAUGCAUUCACUGCUGCUAAAUUAAUUGCCAUUCUUGUGGUUAUUGCUGGGGGCACUUGGUCUUUGGCCAAGGGCAAUACUCAGCAUCUUCGGGGUGCAUUUCAACCGAUGGAUGGGAAGGAUCUUAUCAAUGUUGGAAGACUUGCAACUGCUUUUUAUACUGGACUCUGGGCCUAUGAUGGAUGGAAUAAUCUUAAUUAUGUCACUGAGGAGAUCAAGGAUCCCUCCAAGAAUUUACCAAGGUCCAUCAUGAUUGGCAUUCCUCUUGUCACUGUUUGCUAUGCUCUUAUCAAUCUGUCUUAUCUAGCUGUCAUGUCACCCACGGAGAUGAUCGAGAGUGAAGCUGUUGCUGUGACGUUUGGCAAUCGUAUCCUUGGGGUGAUGGCGUGGCUUAUGCCAUUCUCGGUGGCUGUUAGCACUUUUGGAUCAGCAAAUGGAACACUUUUUGCUGCCGGACGACUGUGUUUUGCUGCUUCGAGACAAGGACAUCUUCUCGAUUGCCUCAGCUAUGUGCAUGUACGUCGAUUCACACCUGCCCCUGGUCUCAUCUUCCAUUCCCUCGUCGCUGCUACCAUGGUACUCUCUGGGAACAUCGACUCCCUCAUCGACUUCUUCUCGUUCACUGCGUGGAUAUUCUACGGUGGCUCGAUGCUGGCACUCCUGGUGAUGCGAAAAACCAGACCAAAUCAUCCUCGGCCGUACAAGUGUCCGCUUGUUAUACCAAUUCUCGUGUUAGGGAUAUCCGUGUACCUGAUUGUUGCUCCGAUCAUUGAUAAACCGCAGAUUGAAUACGUUUAUGCCGCAGCUUUUAUCGCUGCUGGCAUGUUUGUCUACCUCCCAUUUGUUAAGUACGGAUAUGUCCCCAAGUUUAUGGAGGCUGUCAAUGUCUUUCUCCAAAUGCUGUUGGAAGUGGCGCCAACCGCUGCCUCUUACGAUUGAUUAAAAAAUAUUUUCGGAAUAAUUCGUAAGGAAUUGAAGGGAGAUAAAACGAUUUAUCGACGCCGAAUCAUUCCAUUGGGGCGUCAGAUAAGAUUAUUUAUAUAAUAAAGAACUAUAUUAUUUUAUUACUUGUUGUCGAGUAGAUUACAGUGAAAUGAUGGUGUAGAAGAAUUGAGAUUGUAGAUCAUUAAUAAAACAUUUUAAACAAU